AUGGCGGGCUCAGAGGAUAUCACCGACUUCGAUAUGAUUGAAGAUCAGAAGGAGAACAUUCAGUCCCUGCCCGGAGGCCGCUCAGCGAAGAAGCUAGCCAGUCUUUUCUCUCCAUCUCCUCUACACAAAUAUUCCACCCCGACACCGACCGACACAAAAAAUGUCAACGAUUGCAUCCGCGCAGAAUAUGAGGCGGAAAUCGCAAACAUCUCCGAAUCCGACGAUCCUUUAGAUGUGUUUGACAGAUAUGUGCGCUGGGUAAUAGACGCGUAUCCGUCAGCACAAGCGACGGCCGAAUCACAACUCCACACGAUCCUCGAACGCGCGACGAAGACGUUUGUCACCUCAUCUCAAUACAAGAACGAUCCCAGAUACCUCAAGCUAUGGAUGUACUACAUACAGCUGUUUUCCGACUCACCGCGCGAGACAUUCCUUUUCCUCUCACGACAGGGAAUUGGCGAGAGCCUCGCAUUGUUUUACGAGGAGUAUGCCGCAUGGUUAGAAGGAGCAGGCCGGUGGGCACAAGCAGAGGAGGUAUACAAGCUUGGGAUUGAGCGAGACGCCCGGCCAGCUCAGAGGCUGUUGCGCAAGUUCAAGGAGUUUGAGGCAAGGCUCGCUCGACAGCCAGACGCAUUGGAGGGACCAUCUUCACCAGCUUUGCCCACCGUCCGUCCCGCUCUGGCCAGUAAGACAGACCCCUUUGGCGUUUCAUCACAGCCAGUGGACCCUCAGGCCCAAAGGCAAACAAGCGGUGUUGGGGGCAGCUCAUCCCGAUCUGGAAAGUCCAAAAUAUCCAUCUUCUCCGAUGCGGAUGCCCAACAGCCUGCCAUGUCGUCAAGAGAUGCUGGAUCCAAGGGCUGGGAUAGCAUUGGAUCUCUGGCAGAUCGAAAAAAGGAAAAUGCGAUGGAACCAAAGCCAUGGUCUGGAGAGACGCUCAGGGCAGGUGGCAAGAAGCCUGGAUCUGGUGGGACUAAGCUGGCGGUAUUCAGGGAUCCGUCCCUUGCUCAAAUACAAAAUAUCAUUGUUGUCCCGUCCAAGCAUCAAGUAACGACUCAUCCGCAAACAGGGAAGAGAGAGCGCAUCUUUGUUGACCUCGCGGCCGUUUACCCAACCCCCGAGGAACCCGGUACAGAACUAAGCUUCGAGGAAGUCAUUGCUGCGCAUCGAGGAUGGCUCGACCGCCUGUGGGAUACUGACUAUAGCCGCCAAGGCCACAUGGUGCCUCUGCGCGAGGUGGACAAUUUGACACAAAACACAACCGACAAGCUGAUUAUUGACGGAGACCCAAUGGACUUGGACGAGAAUGGCGUAGUAAACGAGAAGCCCCGAGAAUCUCGUUCAGGCAGGAAAAAGAAGACAAUGGAGGUCAAUGAGACGCAGAUCAUCAAAACGAAACUCGACUCCCCUUCAGGACCAAAGCUCAAGAAGAAGAAAGUAGCGGAGCCCACUAUGACUCUUCACACAAGAGCAGCCACGGAUGAUAUAUACGACAUUUUCAACGCACCGCUCAAAUCCGCACCUGUGGAAGAAAACGAUGAUGACGAUGAAGACUCCGACUCUGACUCCUCCGAUGACGAUGACAAUGAUGAUGAUGAAAUGACUGAUGCCGAUUAUGCAAGUGAUGCUGAGAGCACUGGCGCUACGAGGCAGCUACACGAAGAUGAGAUAUCACAACGCCUGGAGGACGAGUUUGAGGAUGAAGAGCCAGAGCAGCCUAGAACGCGCACCAUCUUCAUUCCCGUCCCACCAGAAGACUAUGAGCCACCAACACGCCCGUAUAGGGAUCCGGCGGAGAUGGCCAACAAUCGACUACCUUUCAUGACGCCCAUCACCGAGAGAACCGAGCCAUCGUUGGAUGUCACCAUAGACCGGGCAUACCAGUUCAAGACGCCUAGUAAGCAUGACGGUAGAGCGGCACUAGUCGAGGAGGCAUCAGACUCGGAAUCCGAGAGCAGCUCUCUGAAAGAAUAUUUCCCAGAAGGGAGACUGUCCAUCAAUGGUCGAACACCUCUAGGGUCCAAGGCUGCUAGAGCACCAAGUAAGAGUGGCCCCAAUAGAGGUGUACCUGUCAAGGGCCCUAUCGUUAAAGAAGCCCAAUGCAGCCCCAUCGAUGACAACGUUCGACGAAGUAUCUUGACAAGCAUACAGCCUCCGCUGGCCAUGUAUCCCGGCUUCUACGAUCACCACAACCAGAAAUACGAGCGUGGCGCAGAGAUUCGAAGAUACGCCAAGGCUGUCAGGUUAGGCAGAGCGAAUCCAGACAAACCCGGACCAGGAAACCUGCCGGCGAUCAUCCAAUUCAUUGACUGUGAGACUAGAUAUGCUGUGAGGAGGGAACUUGGCGCUGGCGCUUUUGCACCGGUGUACUUGGUGGAAAACUCGAACCCGGAUCGAGAGGAAGACGGCCACGAGGUUGGAGCCAGGAUGGGCAAAGGGACAUUCGCCGUAAACCGACGAGCGGCAAUAGAAGCCCUGAAAAUGGAAUCGCCUCCGACGCCGUGGGAGUUUUACAUCAUGCGUACUGCUCAUUCUCACGAAGCCUUCCUCUUCCUGCCAUUCCAUCCUCAUGGCACGUUGCUAGACGUAAUCAACCUCUUUCGAGCAGAGCCUUCAGGCGCCAUGGAUGAGCAGCUUGCCAUGUUCUUUUCCAUCGAACUAUUCCGCACUGUCGAAGCUCUUCACUCAAAAAAUGUCCUUCAUGGCGACUUGAAGCCAGACAACUGCCUCCUCCGCCUCGAUUCCAAGUCAUCACCUGUUUUCUCCGACCAGGCUCUUUCCAGUCAAUGGUACGCCGACGGACGCGGCGGAUGGGAUUCACGGGGCAUCGUUCUUAUCGACUUUGGGCGCGGCAUCGACAUGAAGGCGUUUACCCCUGACGUGGAAUUCAUUGCCGAUUGGAAGACGACAGCGCAGGAUUGCCCCGAAAUGCGAGAGGGACGGCCUUGGACGUGGCAGAUUGACUAUUACGGGCUCGCGGGCGUCAUUCACUGUCUGCUUUUCGGAAAGUACAUUGAGACAGUGCGCGCUGAUCAAGGGGGUUUCGGCCGAGGCGGUCGAAAGUACAAGAUUCGUGAGAACUUUAAGCGGUACUGGCAGACGGACAUUUGGUCGGAUUGCUUCGAGGUGCUGCUAAAUCCGGCUUCGUUCCUCGCCUAUGAGGAUGGCGGCAGGAUGCCUGUGCUCAAGUCGAUGAGGAGCAUCCGUGAGCGCAUGGAGGCGUGGCUGAUGGCCAACUGCGAAAGGGGAGCAGGGCUUAAAGCUACGAUGGGCAGAGUGGAGGCGUUGGUGAGGAAUCGCAAGUAA